AUGCACUCCUCCGCCGAGGAAGAUUCCGACAAAUCCACCACCGUGACCACCACCGCCACAGAAUGGACGUUCUCCACCAAGUCACACGCACCCUCCUCCGUCGACCCAUGCUGGGACGCCAUACAGCGCGGCGGCGCCACCCUGGGACUCGGAGACCUCCGGUUCGUGCAGUGCUUGGGAAGCGGCGACAUAGGAAGUGUGUAUCUGGUGGAAUUGAAGGGUUCUAACGGGUUACUCUUCGCAGCGAAGGUGAUGGACAAGAAGGAGCUCGUGGCUAGGAACAAAGACACGAGGGCCAGGGUUGAGAGGGAGAUACUGCACGUGCUCGAUCAUCCUUUCUUGCCAACGCUUUAUGCAUCUUUUGAUUCUCCACGGUGGUCUUGCCUACUUACCGAGUUUUGCCCCGGCAGCGACCUCCACGUCCUCCGCCAGCGCCAGCCCGAAAAACGGUUCCACGAGGCCGCAGUUAGGUUCUAUGCAUCUGAGGUGGUGGUUGCCUUGGAAUACCUACACAUGAUGGGGAUAAUAUACCGCGAUUUGAAGCCUGAAAACGUGCUCAUAAGAUCGGACGGUCAUAUAAUGCUCACAGAUUUUGAUCUCUCACUAAAAGGCGAUGACACGUCAUCAACGGCCCAGAUUGUCUUUGAUCAAGAUCCACCCACCAACACUUGUUCCAACGAACAUUCCAAAAACCAAUGUGCACCCGCCAUGUCAUCAUGCAUGUUGCCCAAUUGCAUCGUGCCAUCUGUCCCAUGCUUCAUCCCCAAACGCAGCCGUAAAAAGAGGUCAUCACGUUGUGGGUCCCUCGAGAUCAUAGCCGAGCCAAUAGAAAUUCGAUCCAUGUCGUUUGUUGGGACCCACGAGUACUUGGCACCGGAGGUAAUUUCCGGGGAAGGUCACGGUAACGUCGUUGAGUCCAAUUGA